GCCCAGCAGACAGCCCAGCAGACAGCCCAGCAGACAGCCCAGCAGACAGUCGACCGUCCCCUGCGAGGACCUCAAGUCAUGAUGGGACCAGCAGAGUGGAGGACUCCCACUCGAGCCGCAGACUAGGCCCAGAGUUUAGAGGCUUUACCGUCAACGGCAGAGUCCUCCCGGACUUCUUUGAGCCUGCAGUUAUCAAGAUGGCCUUCUCUGACGAGACGACGGUGCGGAAGCUCCGUACGUUCGCUGAAAUGAGGAACUGCGGGUCGGAUGUCGACUUCCUGUUGAAGGUAGAUGAAUACUCCCGUGCCCUUAGAGAUCUCACUUCUUCGAUGAGUUACAUCUCGGCAAACUUCACGGGCUUGACGGCAACAACUCCACUUGAACUCUCGUCUGAGGUGGCCGGCACCCUGAAGGCCGAUAUCAAGUACUGCGUGAGGUCGGCGCUACCAGCCCUUGAGAAGCUAUAUCAAGAAGCCAAGCUCGCGGCCGAGGAGCGGUUGUCUCAUACCCUUUAUCCCGAGUUUGUCAAGUACCAGCUGGCUCGGCCCUUGACCACGUCAUUACUGGCAAACCGUUCCCCGACUGGAGAGAUGGAGACUCUUUAUCCGGGGCUUGGGGAUGCCUUUUGCCUCACAGACCCGCUUCGUCCCAAUAAUCCAGUCAUAUUCGCGUCUGACGGGUUGCUCAACAUGGCGGGUUAUCACCGGAGGCAGCUCGUCGGGGAGAAUUGCCGGCUCUUUCAGGGAAUCGCUACCGACCCCGAGGCGGCGGGCCGGCUCGGCGAGGCGGUAGAGUCGGGGAGGGAAACCACCGAGCUAGUCUUAAAUUACCGGCUCGACGGUACUCCCUACUGGAAUCUCUUGUAUAUUUGUCCGUUGAUGAGAAACGGAAGCGUGCGCUAUUUCUUCGGCGCUCAAGUUUGUGUCUCAGAGAACAUGGGAUCCGACAAAAAGGACAUCUUGGGCGUCCUGAACUUUGGCCGGCCCUCGGACGAACCAGCCGAUCCGGUCACCGAAUGGCCCACCUCGAUAUCUUGGCCGGCACGGCGGAGCUCUGACGCCUUUGAACCGAAUCAGGAAGACGACAAGCAGAGCGACAAACCAAUCUCCCGCCGACAGCGCUUCUUCCGUCGCUUCUAUCGCAAAACGCCUCGGUCCCGUGCUUCCUCCAACUCCCGACACAGCACGGCCUCGGAUCAGGCACCACCAGACAAUGACAGUCCUCAGCCCGCCUCCCCCUCCCCGCGCUUGUACCCAUCCCCGGCCAGCCAGCGGGCGGAAAGCUCCCACGCCCACCACUAUCACCAAGUCGCCCAACCUCUAGACGAACACAGCAGUCCUUACUCGCGCUUCCUCGUCAUGCGCUACCCACAAGAAACCGGCAUUCGUUCCACCAGGCGGCAGCACGCGUGGCCGGACCGUAACAGCGCCAGACACCAGACGGACCCUGCCGCCGCCGUCCCGGACCACCUCCCCAUCUCUUUCUGCUCCAGCCACGCCCUCUCGUUCCUCGGCAUCCGGCCGCAGCUGGCAGCGCGGACAACCCACGAGCCGACCGCGUCGCUCCUCGACCGCGACGUCUUCUCUGUCCUGUCGUCGCACCUCCGCUCGCCGACGGCCCGCAACCGCGCCUUCAAGGCGAACGUGCUCGCGCAGCUGGCGCGCGGCGAGAGCGUGACGGCCGAGCUGAUGGUUCCUGCUCCCGUCCCCCUUAUCACCACCUCCGCAGUCGAGGGCUCCUCGUUCUCUUCGUCCGCCUCUUACUCCGCGGGAGCCGGCUCUGCGGGGGAAGGAAUCGGGGCGGCGGCAGCAGCAGCAGCAGCAGCAGCAGCAGGAGGAGGAGGAGGGGGAGGAGGAAGCAAAAGAGGGAGCAAGUCGGGGAAGGGCGUCAAGACGACCGUGGCUGGUAACGGUGCCAGCUAUUCGUCUGCGAACCCUGCUGUGCCUCCGCCGGCGUCGCCGCAGCAUGCCGACGGGCCGUCUUCUUCUUCGGAAAGCUGGCCGCGGCUGAGCGGAACGCUGGACCGGGGCGCCGAGUUCCUCAACCAUGUCCUCUUUUCCGGGGGCGGCGGCAAGACCACGACGGUGCUGAGGCGGGUGGUGAGCCGCUGGGUUCCGUUGAAGGACGAGGACGGACGGAUUGGGUGGGUUGUGCUCGUGCUGGUCCCGGCUGAUGGCGGGGGGUUGUGAAGAAGAAAGUAUAUUAUAUGAAUGGAUGGAUGAAUGAAUGUUUGGAUGGUUGGAUGUGGUCAUCGGACGUGAAUGGGAUGAUGAGCUGCUCUUGCUCUACUAUG